AAAGCAGCCACCUCGGCAGAAAAUCGACUUCCGGCUCAUCGCCAUGCCGGAUACAUCGUCAUCGGAUUUAAACUGCUGGAUGACGCCUCAAAGCCAACCGCCCUCGAAAAGACUUGGCUGCAAUGGUCGGGUGCCCGCGAAAUCUACAAAUAUUCCCCGCGGAACUGGAAUCUCCGCAGAAUAUCCCUACUUCGCCACCCGAAUGUUUAUCGCAACGGUCUUCCGCGCCCAUUUGCCUACGUCCUUCUGUGUGAGUACGGCUCGAUCCUGCACCCAGCCAACACAGUACAAGCCCUGGAUAUGUGUGAGAGGAUGAGGGUUCGAAAUUGUGGGCACGUCGCGUUGUAUCAAGUACACACCGCCUACAACUCUAGUCCGCAAACUGUUGUCAGCCAGUCGUCCCCGCAACGUGUUGUUAAGCGGAACCCAAUGUUGCGCGGCUUCAGCCAGGACGUUGAAUCAACGGAGGCUCGGAGG